AUGACGAAAGCAACAGAUAUGUCAGUUAGCAGCCUGGUAUCACGACAUGCCCGUCUAUAUCCCCAACUCAUUGCAGUCUCACAUGGCUCUAAGGAGCUUUCGUUUGCCGACCUGGAUGCCCAGUCAUCGCGAAUCGCCUGGCUUCUUUAUAAUCGUGGUGUCCGAAAAGGGGACUUUGUCCCAGUUUUGACCUCAAGAUGUUUGCUGAUGGUCGUGUCGCUCUUGGCUAUCCUCAAACUUGGCGCAGGCUAUGUUCCUAUUGAUGCAGAGACAUGGGCUGCAGACAGAAUACAAUCCGUCCUGGACACAGUCUAUUCCAAGUUGGUAGUAACCACACAGGAAACAACACAGGAAGAGUUUUGUGAUGGAAAAGAUCUUGUCACUCUCGAGGAAUUAGAGCAGACCCUGUCUUUGGACGAGACUACUUUUAAUUCAGUAGCGCUCACCGACCCCUGUCCUGACGACCCUGCGUAUAUCAUCUUCACGUCAGGCACCAGUUCAAAACCAAAGGGGGUAGUAAUUCUAAAUAGAAGCCUCGCGAAUUAUGUGAGCCAAAAACCAUUCAAUCUGGACGUCACACCUGGCGACAAAGCCAUAUUGAUAUUCUCGGUAGGAUUUGAUGCAUGCACAGGAGUCAUCUUUAGCACGAUUUGUAACGGGGGUCACCUGAUACUGUCGUCUCCAUCAACCGUCCUAGAUGACAUGAAGUCAUGCACCAUCCUACCUGCUACGCCAUCAAUCCUGACGACUCUUCAGGAUCCUUCGUUCUACCCAAAUAUCAAGUCAAUCUUCCUGGGAGGCGAACCACCAAGUGCAGAAUUAGUGAGUAUGUGGUGGUCUCCGAAUAGACGCAUGUUCAAUGCAUAUGGUCCGACAGAGACAACAAUCAGCUCCACAAUUUCAGAGCUGAUACCGCACAGUCCAAUAGUCUUGGGCAACCCAAUGAAUGGAAGUCGUGUCCUUUUGCUCAAUCAAAACUUAGAAGAGGAUGUUGAAGGAGAGAUCUGCAUCAGCGGACCUGGUCUAGCAAAGGGAUACUUUCAAAACGAGACACUCACCGCGGCCAAGUUCAUUCUCUGGGGAAACGGACUUCGAAUAUACCGCACUGGGGAUUUCGGUCGUUUGACUCCAUCUGGUAUUGUAUUUUGUGGCCGUCAGGACAGCCUUGUGAAGAACCGCGGGUUUCUCAUCAACCUCGAUACAGAAGUCAUUGCAUCUCUCAGAACUUUCCCAGGCAUCAUUAACGCCACUGCAUUGAUGUAUAAGUCGCGAUUAGUGGCUUUUGUUACACCAACAAAACUGAAUCCACUGGAAAUUCGGACAUGGCUGCUAGAACGGUACGAUGUCUUUCUUGUCCCUGACAUUAUCCAGACAAUGGAAACCUUGCCUCUGUCAGCCAAUGGCAAGGUAAACACUUCCUCUCUGAGAGAAGAAUUAUCAUAUUCGUCCUUCUCGAGUGAUUCUGAUGUGUCUCAUAAGCCGAUUAACAUUCUCAUAAAAGUGACUGCGCUGGCACUUGAUGUUCCCAUGUCCGGGAUCUGGCCUGAGAAGUCCUUCUGGGCCCUCGGUGGUAACUCUCUUUCGGCCAUCAAGCUUCUUUCACAUCUACAUAAAGAAUGCCUCAGGCUAUCUGUUGCUGACUUAUUAUCCUCGCCGACUCUAUAUGAGGCAGCCCAGCUAUUGGAGACCAUCGAAGCCGAGGUUCCUGUACACAGUAAUCCAGAGACCAUUGCUCCAAUGACUACCGUUCAGUCAAGCAUGGCCAGAAAGCAUUUUCAACAACCAAUUGCAAAUUAUAUGCUUCUAUCAAUGUCCGGUAGUAACAGCGCUCUACUAAAAGGUGAUAUUCUUAAGGCUGCAUGGAUAAUGGUGUUAAAGAGGCAUUCUAUAUUCUGCAGCGCGUUUGAUACCCUUCAGUCAGUACAAUCAGUACACAAUGAUUUGAUGGUGGACUGGGAAGAGAUACUGGUUCCAGAUAAUGAAGCUAUGGAGGACUUCAUUCACAUUGCUUCUCGUGAUUUGACAUCGCUGGCUUCAAGGCCCUCGGAAGGUAACAACACCUUCCGGCCUGUCAAUUCCUUUCGGCUUAUCAAAUCAUCCAUACAAAGAUUUACGCUUCUAUGGCUUGUACAUCAUAUUGAAAUUGAUGGAUGGUCAAUGUGCAUUAUUUUCGAAGAGCUGAGGGCCGCACUUUCAGGAUCUGCUGGUCUUUCGUUUCUUCCAUCCUUGGACUUCUCUCAAUUUUCUCGACAACGAGCCCGAUAUGCACGCCAGAUACAUGACAAAGCAAUGCAAUUUUGGAGUUCACAUGUGCCCAUUCAUCAUGCAUCAAGAACUCCAUUUCCUUUCGAGAAAACAAAAUCCAAGGGAAUUUGUUCAUUAGAUACCUCCUGUGAGAAAAUACUUGAACUAGGUAUGACUCUUUCUGAGCUGGAACAAAAGUGCCGAAGUAUGCAAGUAUCCCCGGCAGCCGUGAUAUACCUUUCCUGGGCUAUGAUCCUGCAGAUAUAUCUGAAUGAGGAUUACGCUAUGUUCGGCGCCGUCCUAUCCGGACGCAACUUCCCUCUCGCAAAGAUUACUCGAGUUGUUGGUCCGGUGAUAAAUACAUGUCCUUUUUCUGUGGACCUAAAGGCCUCUGGUAAUGCCGAAAAAGAUAAAAUGCUUCAAAUCGUCCACAAUAUGUUGAUCCAGAUGAUUGAUUACCAAUGGUCUGCGAAUGAAUACCUUGAGUCUAUCCCCGGUGACACAAACGAGCUAUUGAGCACCAUUGUGGCUAUAGAGUAUGAUUUGCCAGAUAUACCAUGUCCUUGGCCGUCGUCUGAUGACUGGAAAUAUGAAUCCAAAACAUUCGUCGAUUCCGGAUUGAUGGUUCUAAUUGAGCAGUGCGGCGAAGGUGGUAUGCUUGGGACGCGAUUCCAGUAUGCGACAGGCCAGUUUGAGACGAAGCAACUAGCGAGAAUGCAAUCCCACUUUCACAAUAUCAUCCUCGGACUGCUUGAUUUGAACAUCUCUUCAUUAGGUCAAGUCAGAGACCGGAUGUUAGAUCCAGUUGAGUUGGACAAGCUGAAUUUAUAUGAACGCCCGCUUGAUUGCACUUCUUAUGACGGUCCCUCCAACCUCAAGGACGCUUUCGAGGAAGCUGCAGAAAAAUACCCGGAACACAUCGCAGUAGAAAUAACUGGGCAGUCUAUUACUUAUACAGAUCUUGACGAGAGUGCGGAGCAUCUCGCAGUGCACUUGAGAGGCCUUGUCAAGCCUAAUGACGUGGUCGCAACAUUGAGUGAUGGUUCUUUAUCUUGGUUAAUUUCCAUACUAGCUAUUAUCAAGGCAGGGGCUGUUUGUGCCCCUAUUGACUCGAAGCUUCCUGCUAAACGGAAAGCUCAAAUGAUCACCGAUUCGGAGGCUGCUGUCUACAUAAUCCUGUCGCACAAGGGCUAUGAUCUAGAAUCCAUAGCCGAUACUCAUAUCUUAUGUCUAGAAGACUUGUCAACCAGAGACUCAGAUUCAACAAGAAAAACUCGCUCAACAACGCAGACGGAAUUUAAUGAUCCCGCGUUCUUGAUAUUUACUUCAGGGUCUACAGGCAUACCCAAGGGAGUCAAGAUUUGUCACGGCCCGAUUCUGUCUUACCUGAACGUUCCAGAAGCAAGGCUGCAUUCAACUGUUGGUAGGAAAAAUGCACAAACUCUCUCAGUCGGAUUCGAUGUAUGCAUAGCUGAGAUAUUCGGUACACUAUGUUACGGAGCAACAUUAGUUCUCAAAGACCCGGGAGAUCCAUUUGCGCAUUUGGCCAAAGUUAAUGCUACUAUGGCUACGCCUUCUCUUCUUUCCAGUCUUGACAGUGGUCUAUUUGUGAAUUUGGAUACCAUAUUUCUAGCUGGUGAGGAUGUUCCGCAGGCUCUGGUGGAUGAGUGGGCGGUGGGUUCUCGUCGUCUGUAUAAUGGCUACGGACCAUGUGAGUGUACGAUCGUCGUUCUCAUUUCGAAACUUCAAGCAGAACAAGAGGUUUGUGCUGGUCGACCAGUUGUUACUGGGACGGUUUGUUCGAUUCGAAAUGCCAAAAACCAUAGAGUGCCUAUUGGGGUUCCUGGUGAGAUUUGCAUCAGCGGUCCGUCCGUGGCCAGGGGAUAUAUCAACAAUGAAGCAGAUACUAUGGAACGCUUUAUUGAAGAUCCUCUUUCUCCUGGUACUACUCUAUUCUGUACUGGGGAUAUUGCUCAGUGGACAGAGUCAAUGGAAAUCAAAUAUAUAGGCAGAAAGGACGACCAGGUCAAGUUGAGGGGCUUUCGAAUUGACCUCCAUGAAGUCGAUAGAGCCGUUCGUCUCUCAUCACCAGCCGUAAGAGACGUCGCUGUAAUCGUACAUGAUGAGAAUAUCUGUGCAUUUGUUGCACCUUCAACAGUCGAUGUGGAUAAUAUUCAAAUUGUCCUCCGUGACCUCCUGCCAUAUUAUGCACAACCAAGCGCUGUCAAAGCCUUACAUCAAAUACCAUUGAGCGCAAAUAGGAAGGUUGAUCGGAAAUCUCUUCAUGAAUUGGCUGUGUUUACAAUGGAAGAGCCCACUGGAAAGAAACUCACAACAAGUAUGGAAAAGUUAAUUGAGCGUACUUGGAAAGAAGUGCUAAACAUAGAUGACUCUAUUGCAUUGAAUUCUGAGAGUGACUUUUUACGGCUAGGAGGCAACUCCUUGAAACAGAUAAAAUGCCUCCAAAAGCUAUCCAACGUCCUGGGUUGCACUGUGCCAUUUACAAUUUUGGUUCAUCAUUUUACUUUAUCCUCUUUUGCACAAGCUCUUGAAAAACACUAUUCACAGAGCCGAGUUCAAGCAGAGUUACCACUGGCGGAGUCUGUGGAUGGAUCCAUAGGCGUGUCCUAUUUGGAAGAGGAGAUCUAUAGACUUCAUUCUAUCUCCACAGGCCAUGCUUUGGCUUUCAACGUAGUGUGCAAUCUGCGGUUACAAGGGGAUGUAAAUGUGCCUGCUCUCGCCCAAUCCGUGGAUCUGGUGAUUGCAGAAACCGAUAUUUUGCGAAGCCGGUACGUUGUUACAGAUGGCACUCUCAAGCGACUUGUAUCCAAAAAUGGCGAACCGGUAGAGAUUAUUCAUUCUAACGACAUAGAAUCCGGAUCGCGUGCCGUUGAUGGCCGGGUCAAUACUCCAUUCAACUUAUACCGCGAUCAGCUUAUCAAGCCUAUCAUAGUAAUUGGGGGAGGAGAUUUAUCACUGGUCCUGCUAUUGCACCAUAUAAUCGCAGACAAGAGGGCAGUGAAUAUUAUCCUAGAACAAACAUCCCGCAAUUAUCUCAAUCUCACCACGCCCAGUCCUGUUACCGCCACUCUAAUCUCUGGGAAAGAAGGAGCAUCAUUCUCUUAUGAAAGCUGGGUAAAACGGAGCACUAAUCAGGUGCCUCAUAUCGAAGAGGAAGAAAUUCAAAGAUUCUGGCAGCAGUAUCUCCCACAGUCAAGAUUACCAUUAUAUUCCCGGAACUCAAGAGUUGGAGCCAUAAAAGGACAGUCAUGUCAAUGGAAAAUAAACCACCGGUCAAGAAGCUCGAAGCAUUCUUCCAGCAGCACUUUAUACCUCGCUGCUUCAGCUCUAAGUAUUUGCGAUGUCUUCGGAAUCAACGAUAUAGUCCUUGGUAUUCCGUAUUCGAAUCGGACAGAGAAAGCUACGGAUGAGAUCGUCGGGACUUUUCUGGAUCGGCUUCCACUUCGCGUUGAUUGCAGCCAAUCAAUAACACUUGAACCUGUCAAUUCACUCCUUAAUUCGAUUCAAUCCAAUGUCCACGCUGCUCUGGCACACUUUAUCCCGUACCAACAGCUCCGAUCGCUACUUGGCAUAGAAGAUGAUCGUGAACUAUUCGAUGUCAUGGUCAUAUAUCAUCACCCCGAAUCAUCCUAUGCUAACUCCCUGGUCCUACCGAGCAUUGAGAGUGUUAUUGAUAUUCCCAUAAAGCCACGAGCGGCGUUGUUCCCGCUAAUGAUUGAGUUCUUUGACUCACAUUCUGGUGAUUUAAUAUGCGAGAUCAAUUACGAUUCUGCGCUUUUGGGAGACCUGCAGGUCAAAGCAUUGAAGGACGCAUUGACGAGUGCACUGAAGAGUGAUGCGAUUGUGGAGUAUAAAGAUAUCGCGUAG